UUAAAACCUCUUGAGUUGAGAGGGGUGGUCGCGACUCGGCGAAACUGUGCCGCUGAUAGCGCAUAAACACUCAUAAAACAUGAACACGGAUGUUUUUUAGUCGUCGACUACAUUUGUGCAGUCAUCUAAACUGGAAUUUCAUCUUUUAAGGGUUUGCUUUGUGUGGUCGCGAUCUUAAAGAUAGCAAAUAGAGAAAGAGGGUUCAUUCCAUUGGCUGUGUACAAAGUUGGGUUACUUCGGGUGACAGCCGUUGCCAUAGUUGAUGUCAGAUUAGUAUUAUUUUUUCCAUAUCCGCAAUUAAAUUUGAGGUUGUUGUUGCAAAGCGGAUGCUUAAAACAUGUAGAAUAACUGGUGUUGAUAUAUGGCGUAACAUAGUUUUGUUGGACGCAACUUACUUUAUUAUUUGUGUGACUGAAAACUAGUAAAACCAUGGCGGAAUCGGUCAAGACCUUUCAAGCGCACCUGACUGCUGUCAUGGACAGUUUGGUCCGCGCAUCAGUGUGCGAGAUCACCAAACUCUUCCAGGAUACGGUGAACGACUACCUGGUGGAAAUCUCGCUGAACAGAAAAGAGAACGAAGCGUUGAAACUGAGACUGAGGCUGACUGAGAAUAAACUGAGGAACGAACGCAAAUAUGGCAUGGGCUGGGCGGCCAGUCGGCGCGCAGCUGGUCUGCUUGGCGCGGACGACACCGUGCGCAAAGCGCGCAGAACGGAUCUCCAAAGAGGCAAGCAGGGGAAGGAGUGGAGUGCUGAUGCGUGGGAGGAGGGGACUGGAGGAGUGAGGGAUGAGAGGAGGGACGUGUUCCGUGUCCAUCUGCCAACUGGAGGAGGUGGUGGAGGGGAAGAGGAGGAGGAAAGGAUAUGCCUCUCUGGGGAGAGGAAGGAGGUGGCCAGCAUUAAAGAGGAGGUGGAAGGCUACAGAUCAGACUCCCUGAGGCUGUUGCAAGAGGCUCUACAGAUGAACCAAACUGAAACCAACCCUUCCUCCCCCAGUCCCACCCACGGAGAAAUGGGCCCUGCUUCUGCUGGUGCUGAUUCCUCUGCUGCUGAAGUGUGGGAGGAGCAGCCGGCCUUGUCAGAGGAACCAAUGACUGGUGGAGACGAGCUCAGCGGACUUGAGACGGCCCUCAAGGCGGAGCGCGAACGUGAGGAGGCGGAAUCCGGCCUGGGUAGCCCGUCUCAAGAGACGUGUGGAUCCGAAGGUGUGGCGUUCAUCGGACUAGACGGUUUAUGUAGCUCUCAGCAGGCAAUGUCAUCCUCAUCACACAGAGCAGACCCUUCUGAACUACAACUCCCAUCAGCCCCUACCAACAAGGAAGAAGAAGAGGAAUCAGGAGGAGAGAGUGGGGACAUGCUGCAUUUUUGCGCACGGUGCGGCAGUGGCUUCAGUUCCUCGUCUGACCUCAUGAAGCACUCGUGCCCCGCAGCCGAGGAGCGGCCCUAUCAGUGCUCCGUGUGUGGGAGAGCAUUCGGCCAUGCCUGGAGUCUUAAGAGCCACGAAUGCGUCCAGGCGGGAGAGCAGCCGCACCACUGCGAACUCUGCGGCAAACGCUUCACGCACUCGCGGUCCCUCGAGCGGCAUCAGCUGGUUCACACAGGUGAGCGGCCUCACAGGUGCCCGCAGUGCGGCCGCAGCUUCAGUCGUCUCGGGAACCUGGAGAGGCACCAGCGCAUCCACACGGGUGAAAGACCGUAUGAGUGCGGGACGUGUGGGAAACGUUUCAGUCGAGUGGAAUACCUAAAACGGCAUCAGCACACCCACAUUAGCGAUGUAAUGGUGAAACUCCCACCGCUGCGAAACUCCCACCACUGCUCUCAGUGCAACCAAACAUUCAGUGAUACUGAGCAGUUCAAGCAGCAUCAAUGUCCGUACAACACAUAAUGUUAUUCAGUGUUCAUGAGAAUUUACUACACCUAGAAAUCCACAUCUCUUCAUAAUUCUUCUAAUUUUUUUAUAUCUUCUAUUAGCAUCUUAUCACAUGCUUCUACCUUAAUGACCACAAAAUGUGAUUUCUUCAGUGACUUGCACCCACAACCUCAAACCACAUUUAACCUAGUGCAAUUUUAAAGUGAAAUUUCCUAUUUAUUGUUAUUUAGAAACUGUCUACUUAUUAUUUACAGUGACUAUACAGCAACAUAUUAAGCACCCCGUUUCAAUUCCAUCAGUCUAAAAAUGCAGAUAACUCUAUUUUUGUUAUGUCAGGCUCCUUAUAACAGGCUGUGAAAUAUUUUUUGUGAACAAAGACAUUUAUAGAAGCUUGUUGUUUCUUAUUAAUAACAAAUAGAAUGCUUAUUCAUGCAUUCCUAAGAAUCUUUUUCCUCGUAUAAGACCUAUGUGUUGUUUUCACUCCUUUUUUAUACUCAAAACUGAAAAAAUGAAAUACUUGUUGUGAUGAGAAUUGCUUAAGGUCUUGUAACUGAGUUUCUUUUUUUGUCAUGUAUUCUAUUUGCUCAACAAUUUCAUACUGUAUUGAACAAUACGGGAAAUGUUAAUAAAUCCCUUCCAAAUGUAUACACUGCUAUAGCUUGUUUUCAUACCUUGUAUGCAGUGUUGGGGAGUAACAAGUUGCAUGUAAUGGAAUUACAUAAUUACAAAAUAAAUGUAAUUGUAAUUAGUUACAGUUAAAUCUUAAUGAUUACAAAGGGGGGUUACAUCUGAAUUUUUUCACACACAAACACAUACAGAUUUAUUUGACUUCUUUCAUAAAUUGCAUUGACUGUUCUAAAAUGAGACAUCAAUGUUCAGGAGUUUAGGACACAGAAUAAGACACAUUCAGUAACUUUUAUUUCCAAUUCGGGUUUAUGCAUAUACUUUAUUUUUUAAGAUUAAUUGUUUUUUCCAAGGCAUUGUUAGAUGCCAGUGUUUCCUGUCACAACUAUGCAAACAUUUGAUUUCAAAACCGGUCUCAUAGCUAUUAAACUAUUUUUUUGUUAUGAUUUCAAAUUUGUAUAUAAUCUCAGAAUGAUCUCAAAGUAAAUAAGUCUGUUAAAGUGUGGUUAAGUCUGAAUUUGUGGUGGCUGUGCUUUAAAUUCAAAUUAUUACACGGCUCUGUGGAAAGCUUCAUUCUGACUGGUCAGUUGUGACAUUCCAAGGUAUGUUAUUCCUUGAUAACAACUGGUUAAAGCUAAUAACAGACUCAA